GUCAUCAUCAUCAUCAUUAGUAUAAACAAGCGGUUCUCUGCUGUCUUGUCCCUCCCUUCUGAAUACAAGUCAACGCCACGUAUCACUUAGCAGGACAUUGCCAGGAUGAUGUGGGUCUUCUAGAUGGCCAGGCCUUCAACAGCAACAUCAUAAACACUGAAGCUAUGUUAUAUUGCUUACGGACUUACUUCAGGACACCUCUCAGCACACAAAGCAGUGAUGGACUCCAGCUGUGUGUCCCUCCUAGUCCCCCGGCAGCUGCUUGACCACCCUGAUGCUUUCCUGCAGGGAACCUUUGCCUCUUCAUCAAGUGCCGAGGACAACAGAACAGCAUAUGUCAUCGUUGUUACACGAGCAGACUCUUCUCAUAAAGCAAGUGUUGGUUGUAUCUGUAAUGAAGCAAACAAGAGUCCCAGUCCAGGCUCCAGCACUGUGUGGGUCACCCUGAGGACACACAGCCACAUAUCCCUCAUUUCCCUCAUGAUUCUUGGCCGGCAAGUUCCCCUAAAUGAAGUAAAUCUAGUGUUCUUUGACCUGAAUGAAAUUUGCCAAUCAGAAUUGAUCAGUAAGAAGUUCCCAUAUGUGAAGGAAAAUGACCAUGCCAAUGAUGUGGUACCGUACUUCAUCCACUGUGUGCAGCGUGAUGCAAGGAAUCGACAACCACAGAGGAGGAAGGAACCACUCAUGCUCCUACUCCUGUUAGUGCUGAGGCUCUUUUUAGCACUAUCAUGGAUGCCUAAGGUCAUCCUUGAGGCCCUGAACUCCUGUCUCAUCACUCGUCUUGAUUACUCCAGUAGUUUCUUGCAACAGUUCCUCCUCCGCAUCACUCAGAUAAAGAAGAUACAGGAGGAGGCCAGGUCUGGUAAGAGGAGUCUGUUGUUUGGGCGACUGCUUACCAUGAUUGCUGUGGAUGUCCUUGUGGGGGUCGGCGUGGCUUGCAUCAUCAGCUGCUAUGCCUCUGUAGGGGACAUUUACUCCUCCUUCUGCAGCUGGACCAAGGUGCUGGCUGCCACUGUUCUCCGCCUGCUGGACUGGCUGAGUGGUGCUCCGGCCGGCCUAAAGCUCAACCAGCCCCUCACACGGGCACUCUCAGCCUUCUUUUCAUAUCACGUCCACCUCUGGAUACUCUAUCUUGAUCUGGCAGACCCCAUGCUGCGUGGCGUGGCCUGGGUGCUGGUGUGGGUUGGGAUGUGUGGGGCCUCCAUUCAGGUGGCCAUCCUCUCUGACCUGCUGGACCUGGCUACCCUUCACCUCCAUUGCUUCUACAUCUAUGGGGCCAGGCUCUACAAUCUUCAGACUUCUCUUCUGGGGUCGCAGUGGCGGGCAUUCCGGGGCCACAAAUGGAACCCCUUAAAGCAGCGUGUAGACACCUAUGAUGUGGGUGGCCCCGUCUCCCUCCGGCGGGUGCUGACGGCUGUUGUGUUCACCCUGGUGGUCUUCCUGCUGCCCACCACCACUAUAUACUACCUGGUGUUCAUCCUGCUGAGGAUUGGCCUGAAGCUGGUACGUGGCCUUCUUUCGCUUAUUGUGUGGGUGCUGAACAUCAACCCGCUGUACCUCAUUCUCCUCAACUUUGCCGCCUCUAACAGGGUUAAAGGAGACAUCUACUUCUCAACAGUGGUGGAUGGGCAGGAAGAGGAAACUGCCAAGGGGGCCCCUGAUUCGCCCCUCCUCCUCAGCCUAAACACUUGGCCCUCUUCGCUCAGCAGCAUCCUGAUGGACAGCACCCCAGACACCUUUCCCCCCCGGCCAGCGCCUAACUGGAGCUUCAUUAUGUCCAGCAUCAUGUUUGGCGAGCAGCUCUUGUGACACCUGACUGCUGAAGACAUUCUGGUACUGCAGCAUAGGUUUUUUUUUUCACAAAGUAGUGUUGAUGGGGUUUUAUUCAGAAUUUGAUGCCAUUUACAUGUAGUAUAGAUUCAUUACAGAUAAUUAUUAUUUGGUGCUCAAUGCCGGCUGCUUUACAACAGCUGGGCACUUACAAGUAUUUUUACAAGGUUGUAGAUAAAUAUUAAUCUAGGUUGAAUACAUGUAGAUAUUAUUCUUGAGUAAAUGGAGAGACUACAAAUAUAUCAAAAGUAGAGUAGAGUGCAUGAACCUGACCUACCUCAUGAGCCAGGUAUGAGUUGAUGUCCAUAGAUUUACAGGGUAUGCUAUUACUGUUGGUGGUUGAGAUAUUUUGAUUUAUGAUCACAACUUCAGGAACGUAACCCAAUUGUAAAUUGAGCGAGAUCUGUGUUAAUUAAAGAAGAAUCCAUACACCUGGCAGAGAGUGUAUUGGAGGAUUGCAACUGUACAGCUCCCAACACAAGUCACUGCUGGUUAGAAUUUGCCUUGAGACACUGUAAAAGAUAUAGUGCAACAUUGAUAUCUAGAACCAAAGUCUACCAAACUUUCUUUCCUCCUAUUUUUCUUUGCUUCCUUUUUUCCUUCUUUAACUUCCUUGUUCACUCAUUCACUCACUCACUCUUUAAUGAAACCCUUAAUUUAUUCAUUUAUUCAUGUAAUCAUUCAUCCAUUCUUUCAUUCAAAUGUUCAUCAAUUCACUCAUUACAUAUGUUAAGCUAUUUACGAUAAGUAUUUCUUACUUAUUUCCGACAUGAAAUGAUGAUUAGGAAUACAUGUUGUGCUUUCUGCGUAUCACAAAAAGUGAGCAAAUGGGAAUUAGGGGUGGAACCAUGUAUCAGAACACAUCUGGCAAUAAAACCAAGACUAUCUA